CCCCUGUUCUUCAGACGACGGCGAGGAGCAGGCGCAGGAGAUUCGACGGCGGCUCGAUUUGCACAGACUGCACCUGAAUUGUGUUGUCUUCCUUCCUCCCUCCUUAUUUAGUCGAGAUAGAAGAUGGAUUCAUCAAUUGAAGUCGUUGAAGGGAGGUUAAAGUCUUUUCUUGUACAACUUAAAGCAGAAUAUGGUAUACUCAACAGGAUUACAUACAAGAACAAGAAUCAACAUCGUCGAUGUGCUUAUUUUCAAUACCUGCUAAAGGUAAAAAGAGAUUUGAAGCUUCUACAAUCAGCUCAGUUGGAGGAGAUAUUAAGCUCCUCAAUUAACAUUAUCACGGGAGCAAGACCCAGACAAAAAGUACAGCUUCUAGAGAGUUUGAAGAGAAGUGAUGGCUCCAAACCAACUUUUUUGGAAAGACUUGUGGGUAUUGCAAGAUUACUGUCACAGAUAGUUGAGCCGAUGUUGAAGGCAGCUACAGAAAUAUCUAUUUUAUUGGCACGAUCUUUUUUUAUGGCGUUUUCUCUCACGGUCAUUGCGUUGCUGGCUCGUAUAAGAGUUCUUGUCCAGCAGAUACUACUAGAUGUUGUAACUGUGUUCAACAUUGUAUCGUCCCUCUCCCAGACGAAACAAUCAAUAAAAAUAACUGAAAAGGGAUGUGAGGUGUUUAGAGAAUAUUACCCUGUUAACAAUGACACUAUAUCAUUAGUGUGUGUAUGGGAAAAAGAUAAGUUUGUUUUACAUGAGAAUGUAAAAAAAGGUGAAAGUAGUAGAGCUGAAGAGAAUAAUGAUCCGUCAGCAGCAUUGCCAGGAAUACAAUAUCACAGCAUUGAAGCUUUUCUUGGAGAUGAUGAAUCUUUGGACAGUGAUGAUCCAUCAAGUGCUUCCAUUGCCAAACAUGAAAACAACCCAGUUAGUGCCAGUUUGGUCAUUGAUUCAAGCACUUCUUCUCAGCCCGAUCCAAAGCGUCAAAAGCUCCAACAUGGGCACAAAAGUAAAGUUGCAUUUUUGUCUAUACAAAAACCACCACCGUCAAAAAAUGCUUCGGACGAUUUCCAGCUCAAGAGGACUGAGAACAAACCUGACGAAGAAGAGGACCCUUUUUUCACUUUACUUACAGGUGGAAGCUCAAAGACAAGUCUAUUUUGAAAUAAUGUCAAUAAUGAGUAGUAGUCUUUUCCCCCAACAUUAGUGUACAUGUUUUUUUUACCAGGGUUUAUUUCAGGGGAACAUUAUUGUACAUGUUUAACUUAUUUCUAUGUUUUGAUUCUUAGUAUAAUAGACAUAAGUGCUCUUGCAUUGAAAAAUGUUUGUGUAAUUUAAA